AUGGCAGCAUUUGACGAAAUAUACGACUACGUCGAAAAGGACACAUUCAAAAGGUAUUUCCGCCUUGCAAUCUUUAUCUUUGCAUACCUCAUUUUCCGCAAAUACUAUGCGCAAUGGGCUGGGAAAAGGCAAACUGAGCACCAGCUUCAGCUAGAUGAGCAGGAAAAAUUAGAGCGUCCGCAAAGAGAAGCUGAAGCUCAAGCUGAGCUCGAAAGCAAUUUGAACAAAGAAGCUAAUGAGUUUGGAUGGGGCAAGAAAACCAGGAAAAACGUCAAGUUGACGCAAACUGUGUUGGAGCAGAUUGCGCUGGAGACGAGACAGAGACACCAGACGAGCUAUGAUGCUCAAGAGGAUGCAGACAUUGAGGAUUUAUUAGAGGAUUGA